GUUCGACAAAUAAAGUUUUUUCAAACCACGUGACCAUUUCUGUCAUGGCUGCGCCCUCGUGUCCUGCGUGGUUGUAAACAGCUCUGCUUCUAUUCUGAGGUUUCGAGGAGGCGCAGAGAGUCGAGAAAAAUGAAGACACAUAAGAUGAAACCGAGAAGCAGGGGUGUGUCGUCCGGGCUGAAGAAAAAGAACAAGCGGAGCAUCCAUGUGAAAGGCAGCUGGAAAGCUGUGGAGCUCGACCCCAGCCUCUUCUCCGAGGAGGGCUUGGAGGGUCUGGUGUGUUUCGAGGAGCUGACAAGUUACAGUCUGGUCGACCCUGCGAAGGCUGCGGCGAAGGCUGCGGCCAAAGCAGCGAAAGAGCUGAAGAAGAAGGAGGAGAAGAAGAAGAAGAGAAAGGCGAAGAAAAGAAAAGCCAGCGAGGGAGAGGAGCAGGGAGGAGGAGGAGGAGGGACUCCUGGUGUGGAGGGCACAGAGGUAGAGGAAACAACUGAACCACCUAAGAAAAAAGCCCCAAAUAAGAAGAAUAAGAAACAAGCUGCAAAGGAAUCAGUCCCACAAGAUGUCAUUUCUACAGAGGAGACACAGAAGGAUGGGGCCGAAAAUCAGGAGGGAGGAGCAGAGGGUGACACAGCUAAAGAAGAGCCUCAACAAAAUGUCCAAGCAAAGAAGAUCAAUAAAAAGAAGAAUAAGAAACAGAAGCAGCAGAUAGAAGAGGAUAAAGAUAUAGAGAAACUGACUAAUCUGGAACUUCAGGCAGAGGAAAAACCCUCGCAAGAAAAGGCGUCAAAACCCCCGAAAAAGAGUAGGAACUGGACAAAUGUUGCACUUUCUGGCUCUGAGGACCAAAACGCUGAUGUGGGAGCGUGGAAGGAUCUGUUUGUUCCUUCCCCCGUGCUGAAGGCGCUGAGCAGCCUUGGAUUUGGUUCGCCCACGCCGAUUCAAGCCCUGGCACUACCUCCAGCCAUCAGGGAUCGUAUGGAUGUACUGGGGGCAGCGGAGACGGGAAGUGGUAAGACGCUGGCUUUUGGUAUUCCCAUGAUCCACGCCAUCCUGGAGUGGAGAAAGGGCUCCGAUGAACCUGCUGACAGCAACAAUGAACCGGCCACACAGGUGGAGAGUUUGUAUUUACCAAGCCUAACGUCAGAAAAUGAUGCUGAGUCCAUAACAGAGGAGGACAACGAGGAGGCUGUGGAAGAAGAGGACCAAGGUGACUCAGAUGACGGUGAGGAGGAGGAUGAUGAUGAUGAGCACAGUGGUGAAGACGAAGAUGAGGAUCAAACCCUUGGAUGCGUUAAAGUGAUCAACGAUGCAGAAUUUGACUUAAAUGCUGAAGAAAACCCUGCAAGGGGUCAGAAUCAGCCUCUGCUUGGACUGGUGCUCACUCCCACCAGGGAGCUGGCUGUUCAGGUCAAACACCACAUUGACGCUGUCGCUAAAUUCACUGAUAUCAAGACGGCGAUAGUGGUGGGAGGAAUGUCACAGCAGAAACAGAGGAGGAUGUUAAAACGCCGGCCGGAGAUUGUUAUUGCAACUCCAGGACGUCUUUGGGACUUAAUCAAGGAGAAACACCCUCAUCUACUGAACCUCAGACAGCUCAAGUGCCUGGUCAUAGAUGAAGCAGAUCGUAUGGUGCAAAGAGGCCACUUUGCAGAGCUGGAGAAUCUGCUGGAGAUGCUGAACACCGUGCACUUCAACCCCACGAGGCAAACGUUUGUGUUCUCUGCCACACUGACCAUGGCUCACAGCCUGCCCAGCCGCAUCCUGCAGAAGAAGAAGAAGAAGAAUCUGGACCAGAGGGGCAAACUGGAAGUUCUCAUGGAGAAAGUAGGGAUCAAGUCCAAACCCAAAGUCAUCGACCUCACCAGGAAGGAGGCGACAGUGGAGACGCUGACUGAGACGCGGAUCCACUGUCAGAAAGAGGACAAAGAUUUCUACCUGUAUUACUUCUUGCUGCAGUUCCCUGGGCGCACCAUGGUGUUCGCCAACAGCAUAGACUGUAUCAAGAGGCUGAACUCCCUGCUGGUGAUCUUAGACUGUGAUCCACUGCCUCUACAUGCCAACAUGCACCAGAAACAACGCCUGAAAAACCUGGAGAGGUUUGCUGAGAGGGAGAGUUGUGUUCUGCUGACCACUGAUGUAGCUGCAAGAGGACUGGAUAUUCCCAAUGUCCAACAUGUGAUUCACUACCAGGUUCCCAGGACAUCUGAGACUUACGUCCAUCGGAGUGGCAGAACAGCGAGAGCCACUAAAGAGGGUCUCAGUUUGCUGCUAAUAGGCCCAGAUGACAUGUUGAACUUCAGAAAGAUUUAUAAUACUCUAGGGAAGGACGAGGACCUUCCAAUGUUCCCCAUAGAGAUCAAAUGCAUGGAAGCAAUCAAGGAAAGAGUAAACUUGGCCAGAAACAUCGAGAAGAUUGAGUUUCACAACAGCAGAGAGAAGCAGCACAACUCCUGGUUCAAACAAGCAGCCGAGGCCCUGGAGGUGGACUUGGAUGAUGAUCUUUUACUCGGCAGAUCAAAGGGUGAGGACACUGACAGAGAGCAGCAGAAGAUGGUCAAGGGCAUGAAAAAGCAUUUGAAGCAUUUGAGCUCCCAGCCUGUGUUCAAGAACCUGGUAAAAACCAAGUACCCGACUCAGAUGGGAAAACUCGCCCUGCCUCACCUGCCUCGUGCCGGAAUGGAAAGUGCCCUGACCAAGGUGUCGCUACAGCAGAAGGAAGACGAGUUAAAGAAACGUGGUCCACCACAGCGAGGGAAAAAGAAGCAGAAGAAAGAAAAGAAAAGCAGCAGCAGCAGUGAUAUGUUAUAAGAAAUGUGUAUUUAAAAAAAAUCCAUCUUUGACACAGUUAAAAUGUUAAAUAGAUAAAUGUAAUUUUUAACAUGCACAAUGUGCAAUAAUUGUAUUUCCAGAUGUUGUUGAAUCUCUGUACGCUGCAAGAGUUUAUAAAAAUCUGUUUUCACAAGUGU